AUGGACUAUUCCAACACCUCCCACCUGCACAUGGACUACUCCAACACCUCCCAUCUGCACAUGGACUACUCCAACACCUCCCAUCUGCACAUGGACUAUUCCAACACCUCCCACCUGCACAUGGACUACUCCAACACCUCCCACCUGCACAUGGACUAUUCCAACACCUCCCACCUGCACAUGGACUACUCCAACACCUCCCACCUGCACAUGGACUAUUCCAACACCUCCCACCUGCACAUGGACUACUCCAACACCUCCCACCUGCACAUGGACUACUCCAACACCUCCCACCUGCACAUGGACUAUUCCAACACCUCCCACCUGCACAUGGACUAUUCCAACACCUCCCACCUGCACAUGGACUACUCCAACACCUCCCACAUGCACAUGGACUACUCCAACACCUCCCACAUGCACAUGGACUAUUCCAACACCUCCCACCUGCACAUGGACUAUUCCAACACCUCCCACAUGCACAUGGACUAUUCCAACACCUCCCACAUGCACAUGGACUAUUCCAACACCUCCCACAUGCACAUGGACAAUUGCAACACCUCCCACCUGCACAUGGACUAUUCCAACACCUCCCACAUGCACAUGGACUAUUCCAACACCUCCCACCUGCACAUGGACUAUUCCAACACCUCCCACCUGCACAUGGACUAUUCCAACACCUCCCACCUGCACAUGGACUAUUCCAACACUCUCCUCAGAAAACAGUCAUAA